UUGAAGAGAGCUUUGCACUUGCAGCUUGUCAGGCAAAAUCUCCGUCUUCCCAUCUGAAUUGACUCAGCUGCGACGACGACCACGAGAGACUUGGACGCGUCACGCAGCAACGACCGCCUUCUAGCCUACACAGCCAUGACUUCCAUCGGCACAGGCUAUGACCUGUCCAACUCGACCUUCUCACCUGAUGGUCGUGUCUUUCAAGUCGAGUAUGCCGCAAAAGCAGUUGAAUCCGCCGGUACGACACUCGGCAUCAAGACACCUACCUGCGUUGUGAUUGCGCUAGAGAAACUCAUCACUUCAAAGUUACUGCUUCCGGGAAAGAAUAGACGUAUGGCCACGGUGGACCGUCAUAUCGGCGUGGCAUCUUCUGGUCUUGUACCGGAUGGAAAACACUUUGCAGGCAGAUGCAGGGAUGAAGCGGCUAAUUGGCGCUCAACGUAUAAGUUGCCGAUUGGUGUACCAGCCUUGGCUGAUCGUAUGGGUCAGUAUGUACAGGCCUACACACUCUACUCAAGUGUGCGUCCAUUUGGUAUGGCGGCGAUUGUGGGUGGUGCAGAUGAAGAUGAUGGCACAGGCUUGUACUUGAUUGAGCCUUCUGGCGCAUACUACGGCUAUCACGCAUGUGCGACAGGUAAAGGCAAGCAACUUGCCAAAAAUGAGCUUGAGAAGCUGGAUUUCGUUACAUUGUCUGCUCAAGAUGCGAUUGCUGCUGCUGCGCGGAUUGUGCACCAGGUGCAUGAUGAAGCCAAGGACAAGGACUUUGAGCUUGAGCUUGGUUAUAUCUGCCUGGAUGACUCGAUGGGCCCACAGAAUAAGGGCAAGUGGGUGAUCUUGGAGGGUGAGGAGCUGCAGCAGGUGAAUGCAACUGCCAAACAAGCAGCAGAGGCGGAUGACGAGGAGAUGGAGGAGUAGAGUAGAGUGUUCGCUAGAUAUGUCUAUGCACUCUAUGAUACUCUCAGUGAUAUUA